GAGAUGUCUCUCCGUCUUUUCCGGUCUAGCUCUGCGCGGCCAAGUUCUUUUCUCCUUGGUGGUGGUGCACUUAACGGGGCCUUGGCGAGAAGGAAAAGAACUUCCGCUGUCGAGGGCAGCAUAACAUCCCCCUUCCGCGCGGACCUGGCGACCCCGGCGCGUUCCAGUGAGUGCUUGGUCUUCCCAGAAGUGGCGUGCUGUCUGGUCAGACCUUGGAAGGCUGUCCUGAGGUACCUCAACACCUUUCUUAUCACACACAGUCUCUGGAGAUAAUACCUCCAUUGUAGCCCCCUUUCUCCAGGACCACAGGUUUAUCCAUGUUGUCACCAAGGAAAGAUUUCCUUUUUUAAAGCUGAAUAAUAUUCUACAAUUCAUAAGUUACCUUGACGUGUCCUUGGAAUCCCUGAAGAGAGUGAUCACGAAUAUUUCAGGAUCAGACUAACAUGGAUGUUACCAAUUUGUCCCAUGGAGGUCUACUACCUGUGGACCCAGUGUAUAGUCAUGAAGAUGAGACAGAGGAAGAAAGUCUAGUGGCUGAUUGCCUGAGAAAUGAUCAGGAUUCAGUGAGCAUUGAGGAUGUGGCUGUGGAAUUCACCCAGGAGGAGUUGACUUUAGAGGAACCAACUCAGAGAAAAACACAUAAUGAUGUGACAGUGAAGAACUGUAAGAACUUGGCCACAGUAGGAUGUCAGACGCUUAUCAAACCCAGCCCUGCAUCUUCCUUGGAAGAAGAGGAAGAGUUGAUGACCAUGCACACAGGAGUUCUCCAAGAAUUGGAUAUGCAACUAAAAACCAAAGAUUCAGCACUUCAGCAGAAUUUUUUGACUGAACAUACCUCCAGUGAUAUACAACUAGAUUCGGUGACCUUUGAAGAUGUGGCUGUGGACUUUACCCAGGAGGAGUGGACUUCACUGGACCCAACUCAGAGAAACCUUUAUAAAGAUGUGAUGCUGGAGAACUUCCAGAACUUGUCUACAGUAGGACGUCAGCUGUUGAAACCCAGCCUGAUUUCUUGGUUGGAGGAAGAAGUGCAGUUGACAAUAGUAGAACGAGGCAUUCUUCAAGAAUGGGAGAUGCACCUUCAAACCAAAGGGACAGCACUUCAGCAGGAUGUGUUUUGGUCAGAUACAUCAAAUGGGAUACAGCUGGCAAGAAGCCACAAUGGAGAAGAACACUGUGACUCUAAGCAAGUUGGAAAAGUUUUUAGUGAACACUCAUUCCUUCAGACAUAUGCAAGUACUCCUAAUAAAGAGAACACUUCAGAGUGUAAUACCUAUGGAAAAAACUUCCUUCCAUUGCUCAACAACACCUCUACUGAAGAAAGACGUUCUAUGUUGAACCAGUGUGUAAAACCUUUUACCUUGACUCCAGAUGUUUACCAGAAAAAAUUUACUGAUGAUAAAUCCUUUGAAUGCAGUGACUGUGGGAAAACCUUUGUUAAUGAGACACAUCUUCAGGCACAUAGCAGAAUUCACAAUGGAGAAAAUAUCUACAAAUUGGAACAGUGUGGGAAAACUUCUACUAAUUCCACAAGCCCCGAUGGGUGUGUUGAAAUGCCCACUGUAAAAAAAUACUAUGAAUGUAAGAAAUGUGAAAAAUUCUUUACACAUCCUCUUUACCUUAAUAUUCAUAUGCAAAACCACACUGUGGAGAAACCUUACGAUUGUAAGGAAUGUGGGAAAGCCUUCACCAAGCGCUCAAGCUUAAUUGUACAUUUACGAGAACACACUCGGGAAAAGUCCUAUGAGUGCAAGGAAUGUGGGAAAGCCUUCCUUCAGCCCUCACGCCUUGCUGAACAUAUGAGAAGUCACACAGGAGAGAAACCCUUUCAGUGUGAACAAUGUGGAAACGCCUUUGCCUCUUCAUCUUAUCUUACUACACAUUUGAGAACUCACACUGGAGAAAAGCCCUUUGAGUGUGACAUAUGUGGGAAAGCAUUUACACGUUCCUCUUACCUGGUGGGUCACAUACGAACUCACACUGGGGAGAAACCAUAUGAAUGUAAAGUAUGUGGGAAAGCCUUCAGUGGGCGUUCAUGGCUUACUAUACACUUACGAAACCAUACUGGGGAGAAGCCCUAUGGAUGUACAGAGUGUCAGAAAGCCUUCACCAGCUUUGCUCAACUUACUGAACAUACAAAAACUCACACUGGCGAGAAACCCUUUCAGUGUAAGGUAUGUGCAAGAACCUUUAGAAAUUCCUCCUGCCUUAAGACCCACUUUCGAAUUCACACUGGAAUAAAACCCUACAAAUGUAAUUACUGUGGGAAAGACUUCACUGCACGCUCAGGCCUCACUAAGCAUGUACUAACACACAAUGGGGAGAAGCCAUAUGAUUGCAAGGAAUGUGGGAAAGCCUUCAGUACAUCUUCAGCCCUUGUUGAACAUAUAAGAAUUCAUACAGGAGAGAAGCCCUUUGAAUGUUACCACUGUGGUAAAGCCUUGGCUCAUUCCUCAUCUCUUGUUGGACAUUUGAGAACUCACACUGGAGAGAAGCCCUUUGAGUGUAACAUGUGUGAGAAAGCAUUUUCAACUUCAUCCCACCUUCGCAUUCACAUGCGAACUCACACUGGAGAGAAACCUUAUGAAUGUAAGGAAUGUGGGAAAACCUUCCCUGAACGCUCAUGCCUUACUAAGCACUUAAGAACACAUACUGGGGAGAGACCCUAUGAAUGUAAGGAAUGUGGGAAGGCAUUCACUAGCUUUUCUCAACUUAAUGUGCACAUAAAAACUCACAGUAGUGAGAAGCCCUUUCAGUGUAAGGUAUGCACAAAAUCAUUUAGAAAUUCUUCAUCCCUUGAGACCCACUUUCGAAUUCACACUGGAAUAAAACCCUAUAAAUGCAAUUAUUGUGGAAAGGACUUUACUGCACGCUCAGGCCUUACUAUACAUCUACGAAAUCACACUGGGGAGAAAUCAUAUGCAUGCCAGGAAUGUGGGAAAGCCUUCACUACUUCCUCAGGCCUUAUUGCACACAUAAGGAGUCAUAAGGGGGAGAAACCCUUUGAAUGUGACCACUGUGGGAAAGCCUUUGCUUCUUCCUCGUAUCUUAAUGUACAUUUGAAAAUUCAUACUGGAGAAAAGCUCUUUCAGUGUACGGUGUGUGGAAAAACAUUUACAUGUUCUUCUUACCUUCCGGUCCACAUGCGAACUCAUACUGGUGAGAAGCCCUUUCAGUGUAUAAUAUGUGGAAAGUCAUUUCUGUGGUCCUCUUAUCUUCGGGUUCACAUGCGAAUCCACACUGGAGAGAAACCCUAUGUAUGUAAGUACUGUGGAAAAGCCUUUACCGAGCAUUCAGGCCUUAAUAAACAUUUGCGAAAACACACUGGAGAGAAACCAUAUGAAUAUAAGGAAUGUGAGGAUCCCUUCAUUAGUUCUUCUGACAUUAAUGAACAGGAAAACUCUUUGAAUGUAAGGAAUUCAGAAAAUCUUUUUGGAAGUCCUCUUGAUCCUUAGUAAUUGCAGUUGAAUUCAUAGUUGAGAAAACUCUUGGAUAUGAGCAGUGUAUAAAAGUGUUGUUGUUCAUGUCAAAGACAAACUUAUUCUGAGGAUAUACCAUGAAUUUAAGAACAUGGGCGAGUCGUCAUAAUCUCAGUCCAGUAUGUAAGAACUCAUGUAAGCUAUGUAGAAUAAGAAACAUGCUAACCCUGUAGUAUUUCUUUGAGUCUUACUAAAUAUGCAAGAUAUCGCAGUAGAAUGUUCUAAGAGUGAAAAUAGCAUUCUGAGAGGUUCAGUGUUGACCUGUGUCUCACAGUGGGAAAAAGCUUCAUGAAAGUCAGAAAUGUUGGGAAGUUUAUUUGUAUUAUUUAACCUUGAGUGAAAUGAUGUUUUAAAUGGAACAGAAACCAUGUGUAUGUAAUAUGGGAUAAGCUUCACUGUGUUCUAAAAUCUUGUAUGGUUAUAAACAUGGCUUUCUGAGUGGUUCUAUAGAUAAAUUUUGAAUAUUCCAAGCAUUUCAAUAUUUGUUUAUUUUUAUGACUUCAAUUAUAAAUUUCUAAUUUCCACUAUAGUUUUCUGCUUUAAAGUAUCUUUAAUACGAAUGAAACUAUUGUCUAUAUUUAAGAUCUACCACCUGAUGUGCCAUAUGCUUAAAAAUUGUGAGACGAUGAAUAUACAGAUUUAAUAGAUCCAUCACCACAUGGUUUUUCAUUAUGUUCUAGAAACACUUUCUAUUGUUUUAAAUUUCAAGUAUACGCUACAUGAGUUUUAACUUAAAUCACCAUGUUUUAUAUUAAGCUUUCAAGUACUUACAAAUGAAAGUUUUUACCUUUGACCAUUAUCUCUCCUUUUGUCCUAAAACCAGUAUCUGGUAAUUGGUACUCCAUUCUCUGUUUUAAGUUCAACUUUAGAUUCCACUUGUGAGAUUGUGCAGUAUUUGUCUUACUAUAACUUCUUUCACCUUGCAUAAUGUCAUCAAGGUCAAACUGGGUUAUGAUAUAUGAUGGAAUUCCUACUUUAUGGCAAAUUAUUUAAGACCAUGUUUUCUCCAUUCAUCUGUCAGGAGAUAUGACAUUAUUUCCCUACUUCACUCCCACGAGCAUUGCUGCAGUGAACAGGAGUGCAGCUUUUAAAUUAAUGAUUUUAUUUCCUUAAGCCCAGAGGUGGAUUUGUUAUAUUAUAUGGUAGUUGAAUUUUUGGGAGGAGGGCACUCAACCACUGAGCCACAUCCCCAGCCCUAUUUUUUAUUUUACUUAGAGAUAGGGUCUCACUGAGUUGCUUAGUGCCUCCCUUUUGCCAAGGUUGGCUUUGAACUCACAAGUCCUCCUGCUUCAGCCUCCUGAGCUGCUGGGAUUACAGGCAUGUGCCUGGCCUGGUAGUUGUAUUUUAAUUUUAUGAGAAACCACCUUACCUUAUAUGACUAUACCAAUUUCAGUUCCCAGCAACAAUGUAGAAAUGUUCUUUUUCCUCUAUCAUCUAAGCUAUUGUAUCUUUUGAUGUUUUUCUGAACUGUCCUUAAGUGAUUUUUAUUUCCCUAAUGUUCACUGAUUUGGAGUGUCUUUUCAUAUACCCACAAGCCAAUUGUCUUGUCUUUGGGAAAAUAUCUAUUGAGUUUUUUGUUAAGUUUAAAAUUGGGAUAUUUUGGUUUUUGCUACGAAAUUACUUAAGUAUUCAAGAUAUCAACCCAUUAUCUCAUUUGUAAACAUGGUUUACAAAUAUUUUCUCCCAUUGAAUAUGUUGCCUUUUUAUUUAUGGGUGUUUUUGCUUUGGUUUGUGAAAUCUCUUGUAGUUCUAGUUGUUUGUUUUUGAUGCCUCUGCUUUUUCUUGUUAACUCCAAAUUUCACUGCCAAGGUAAAUAUCAGGAUGCUUUUCUUCUACAUUUUCUUCUAGAGGUUUUAUGGUUUCACAUCCUUACUUUUAUUUUUUUUUAAUGGUCCAGUUCUGGUUUUUUUGCUUAUGUAUAUAUAAACAGCUUUCUCAAUACUAUUUAUUUGAAAGAGUAUCUUUUUCAUAUUUGGUAAUUUUAUUGAAAAUUAGUUGAUGAUAUGUGUAUUUUCUGAGCUUUCUCAUUUGUUCCACUGGUCUGUGUGUCAGCUUUUAUGCCAGUACCAUACUGUUUCUUUUAUUGCACCUUUGUAAUAAUGAUUUAAAGUUUGGAAUUUCUGUUCUUGUUCAAGAAUCUUGCUUUUCUGACUUUGUUUUCUCAGCUUAUAGUUGCUGAUGAAUUUAGAAAAUUUUUUUUCAUAAUCCUGUGAACAAUGCCAUUGGAAGUUUGAAGGGAUGAAAUUAAAAUCUCCCAAUUCAUAAGCAAAAAUAUUUUCCCUUUCAUUUGGGACUGUUUAAUUUUUUUCAUAAUGUCAUAGUUUUUUGUGUUUAAAUCUUUUCCUGUUUAAAUUUGUUCUGAAAUAUGUUUUCAUUUUUUAUACUCUUGUAAAUAGGAUUUGAAAUUUUUCAUAUUGUUAUUUUUAGAGUGUAGAUAUAAUAAUGAUUUUCCUAGAUUAACAUUGAAUCCUGCAACUUGUGAAUUUAUUUAUUCUGUUUUUUUUUUUUUUUUUUUUUCAUGAAGUAUUGUCCUUUUCCACAAACAAUUUUUAGUACUUUUCUGAUUUGGAUGUCUUCCAUUUUUCUUGGCUAAUUUGUUCUGACUAGACUUUUCCCAUUAUUAUAUUAAAUAGAAGUGGGAAGAGUAGGCAUCUUGUCUGUUCUUGAUCGUUUUUAAAAAAUCCGUGAGCUUCUUCCCGUUGUGUGUAAUGAUAUUUGUUUAGGACUUCAAUUAUAAAUUUCUAAUUUCCACUAUAGUUUUCUGCUUUAAAGUAUCUUUAAUAUGAAUGUGGCUUUGUCCAUAGCCAUUAUGUAUGAGUACAUUUCUUUUAUGUCUAACUUAUUGAGAAUUGUUAUCAUGAAAUGAUGUUUUAUGUUAUAACGUGAUGUUUUUCCAAUGAUAUAAUUUGUCCUUCAUUUUGCUAAUGUGAUGUAUCGCAUUUAUUGAUUUACAUUUGUUAAACCAUUUUUGCAUCCCAAGGAUAAAUCACUCUAUCAUGGUGUGUAUGUUCCUUUUAAUGUUUAAUUUUAGUGUGAAUGAAUGACUGAAUUUACCCAUCAAAAUACCUAGAUUGUCUUAUUGAAUAAUACUUUUUCAAAAGACAUCUUUGGGCUAUCUAUGAGAGAGUCCAUCUUUUCUUUAAUAUAUUUUUUUAGUUGUUUGUGGACCUUCAUUUUUUUAAAUUUAUAUGCGGUGUUGAGAAUUGAACUCAGUGUCUCAGCUUCACACAUGCUAAGCAAGCGCUUCCUUUGUCUUUUAAAAGGACAUAAGUUGACUGAAAAUGAGGGGAUGGAAAAAUAUCUCUUAGAAAUGGAAACCAAGGGCUGGGGGUGUAGCUCAGUGGUAGAGCCUUUGCCUAGCAUGUGUGAGGCACUGGGUUCAGUCUUCAGCACCGCAUAAAAAUAAAUAAAUAAAAUAAACGUAUUGUGUCCAUUUUCACCUUAAAAAAAAAAAGAAGUGGAAAUCAAGCAAGAGUAUGUAUAGAUGUACUUACAGGGGAUAAACCGAUAAUGAUCACUUCAUCAAAAAGAUAUAACAUUUCUAAGUAUAUGUGAACCCAACAGUAUAGCAUUCAAAUAAGAAAGGCAAAUAUUAACAGGUGUAGAAAGAAAUAGUAAUACAUGGGCUGGGGUUAUGGCUCAGUGGCCGAGUGCUUGUAGCACAUGUGAGGCACUGGGUUUGAUCCUCAGCACCACAUAAAAAUAAAUAAAGGUAAUAAAGGUAUUGUGUCUAAAAAAUUUAAAAAAGAAAAACAAUACAGUGUGUGUAGGGAAUUCAAUACCUCAUACAUCUAGCCUGAAAAUCAUUAAGGAAACAUUGUACAUUUUAGACCAAAUGGACCUAAUAUUCCAUUCAAAACCAAAAGAAUACUGUUAUUUUAAGUGCAAAAGGGAGCCUUAAAUGGUAGGUUAUACGUUAGGCCAUACAAUUUUACAUUUUUCACCUUUGUCUGGACCACCAUUGAACAUUUAAUUCUGUAGUGCAUUAAUGACAUUUUCAAAGUCCCCACUAACCUACUUACUGGGAACUGUAUGUCUGUUUACACAUAAUUUGAUAAAAUUUUGAGUAUACUUAAGUGACUUAUGAUUUGUCUUUUCGUUGUAUUUUUCUUUGAAUGGUUCAUUUUUCCAUCACUUUUCUUGGCUGGAAGUUAUGUACUUGAUUUCCCUAAAAUAUUUGUAGUACUCCUUUCUCAUAAAUUAUACAGCCUCACCCCGUGCACAUGAGAAUUAAACUCAGUUACCAUUGA